GUAACAUUAAGUUCUGGAAGGAAGAAGAGACAUCUCAAGAGAAAGAAAUCAGCAAUCAUGGCAGGGAAAUUGACGAACGCAGCAUCGAGGAUUUUGGGCGGAAAUGGCGUCGUUUUGCGAUCUGUUGGUUCCUCUCUUCGCCUCCGCUCCGGCAUGGGCCUCCCCGUUGGCAAACAUAUUAUCCCAGACAAGCCCCUUCCCGUGAAUGACGAACUUAUGUGGGACAACGGCACUCCAUUUCCCGAACCCUGUAUAGAUCGUAUUGCUGAUACUGUCGGAAAGUAUGAAGCAUUGGCUUGGCUGUGUGGGGGAUUGGGAUUUUUUGCGUCUCUGGGAUUACUUGCCGUAUGGAGGGACAAACCCUCAAGGAUACCGUGGCUCCCACAAACAGAGGGAAGCAAUACAGUGCCCAGAAGCUGGGGGAAUCGCCACACCCAGUCCUCCCAACACCCAAGUUGCAGCUCUUGAGUCCAGACUCCAGAU